ACCUUUGUCUUCCUGUCACAUUUAGAUUUGUCCAGGUCACAGUUGUUCAAACACUGUUGAAAAGUGUUCUUCUUUACCACGAUGCCCUCAUUCAGUGUGGUGGAGUUUGUGGAUGAAAUUGACCCUGAUGGCUGCAAGAAGGUGGACAUCAUUCCAUCCGAAUGGUUCGAGGGCACCGACGGAAAAUUAUGCUGGUGGCCACCAGCCACAUUGCUCAAUGUGACCAAGGCCGUGAAAGAGGGCACACCACCAGCUCAAAACUGGAUUCUGUGUAAUAUGCGUGUGAUGGGAAAUGCAGCUACUUAUGCGGAGGCCAGGGUAAAGCUUCAUCAAGCCGAGUAUACAUCCGACCUGACAGACACCGAAGAUGGCUUGAUAAAGAGAAAGGCAAGGUCAAAACUCUUCCAGAGUCAGAGCAAGCAACUAGAAUCAAGUGAGCAUUCUGAUUCAGAGGACGAACUUCCACCCACUCCCCCAGAAAAACACCUUUGGCCAGCAGCAAAUAAAAUGACCAGCCAGAUUACCAGCCCCACUGCCCAGCGAGUUGCCAGUUCCACUGUCCACCAGAUCGCCAGCCCCACUGCCCAGCGAGUUGCCAGUGCCACCGUCCAGCAGAUCGCCAGCCCCACUGCCCAGCGAGUUGCCAGUGCCACCGUCCAGCAGAUCGCCAGCCCCACUGCCCAGCGAGUUGCCAGUGCCACCGUCCAGCAGAUCGCCAGCCCCACUGCCCAGCGAGUUGCCAGCCCCAGUUGUGAAGCCAUGUUCUCUAAACUUCUUACAAUUGUAGAAGAAAUUAAGGAGACCCAGAAGGUUCAUGGUAAGAUGCUAAAUGCCUUGCUGAAGAAGCAAGAUACAUCAGUGAUGGAGGUUCCUGAUGGUGUGGUUUUCCCACUGCAAACUCAAGCAGACGUUGAGGCGCUUGAGGAGCUACUGGGGGACCGCAGUCUAAUGUCUGCUGUUGUUGCCAUGGUGGCAGACAUAGGGGGCACAAAUGUAGAUGACGCAACGAGACGAAUGAUGAAAUACAUUCUGUCAAACGAGCUGGCAUUGGACUACAACAUGUUUGGCCGUCACGGGAAAAAGAAGUUUAAGGACUUGUGUCUUUUCAACGUUCUGUAUGAGGCUCUUAAGAAGAAUUCGUUGACUGCACAGGUGAACCAGCAGGAGGCAGAGAGGGCACUGUCGAAAUGGUUCACUGGGGCAAGAGACAGAGGAGGACGAAGGUUAUCUAGACAGCCAGUGCCAAAUUAAACAGAACUGAGCAGUGGUGGAAUGUGAGUGCAGAACAUUUGUAUUCAGCUAAAAGUAGAUUUAAACUGUUAAAAUAUUUAUAAUUUUUCAUCAAUAUUUUUAUCACAUGUUAAAAAAUAUUGACACACUGUUAUUUUCAUUAAUGAAUAUUGAUCAUUUUGUCUAUCAACAAAAACUUUCUAAAUAAAAAGUUGAAAUCAGAGAAUGUGGCCAUUUUUAAAGAACCUGACUCAAACUGGUAAUUUUUUUUUUAUUAAUUGUUGCAGCUCUAGGAUGGUUUAAUCAAAUUGUACUGAGUACUCAAUUAGGAUUUUUAAAAACAUGUCUUGCCUAGCUGGGGCCCAUCUAAAACCUGAUGUAAUCCUGCCUUAGACCCACAUGGGCAAUUGGCCCGGGGCCAUGGAACCCUUGGACAAUCCCACUUGCAACCCAUAUUUCAGCUCAUACUUCCCCAUGUAGGCCCCACAUAAAGUUUUAAAGCUGGGACCAAGAUGGGUCUUGUCUGUGUCGCCCAUCUGGGGCCAGUUUAAAACCUGGUGCAAUCCUGCUUUAGACCCACAUGGGCAAGUGGCUUGGGGCCAACAUGGAAACUGCGGACAAUCCCAUUUGCAACCCAUAUUUCAGCUCAUACUUCCCCAUGUAGGCCCCACAUAAGAUUUAAAGCUGGGACCAAGAUGGGUCUUGUCUGCGUCGCCCAUCUGGGGCCAGUUUAAAACCUGGUGUAAUCCUGCUUUCGACCCACAUGGGCAAGUGGCUUGGGGCCAACAUGGAAACUGCGGACAAUCCCACUUGCAACCCAUAUUUUAGCCCAUACUGUCCCCAUGUAGGCCCCACAUAGGACUUAAAGCUAGGACCAAGAUGGGUCUUGUCUGUUUUGCCCAGCUGGGGCCCAUCUAAAACCUGGUGUGAUCCUGCCUUAAACCCACAUGGGCAAUUGGCUUGGGGCCAACAUGGAAUCUGCAGACAAUCCCCCAUAUUUCAGCCCAUACUGGCCCCAUGUAGGCCCCACAUAGGACUUAAAGCUGGGACCAAGAUGGGUCUUGUCUGUUUAGCCCAGCUGGGGCCCAUCUACAACCUGGUGUAAUCCUGCCUUAAACCCACAUGGGCAAUUGGCUUGGGGCCAACAUGGAAUCUGCAGACAAUCCCCCAUAUUUCAGCCCAUACUGGCCCCAUGUAGGCCCCACAUAGGACUUAAAGCUGGGACCAAGAUGGGUCUUGUCUGUUUAGCCCAGCUGGGGCCCAUCUACAACCUGGUGUAAUCCUGCCUUAAACCCACAUGGGCAAUUGGCUUGGGGCCAACAUGGAACCCGCGGACAAUCCCAUAUGGGUAUGAUCUGACAAUCCCACAUGGGGCCCAUGAUUCUGCCCACUUUUUACCCACA